CGUGAACAGCUAGUCUACUGAUAACCUCUCACCAGUAGUAUCUAAAUAACUAUAUUAUAACUGAUUCUACGCUGCUAUACUACAUCGUAAGUCUGACAAAACGGAAAAGCCGGUCCGCUCGAGUGUAAGGUUUAAAAACAAUAUUUUUUCUACAAUUGCAGAAACGUUCUAUAGGGAGUCGUCGAGAAGAUUGUGGCACGAGACACAAAAGCCAAGUUACUGAAAGGUUUUUGUACUAAUACGUGGACUAUGACAAGGAAGCCAAAGGUUUAAAAAACGUUUCCUCUCACAAUGGAACAAAGCUUUCAGAUAUUCAUCGCAUUGCCAACAGAGGAUGUUUGUACACUAAGAGAUGUUAGCAACGAUAUGAGAAUUUAUCAACUGAAAUCUCGCGUGGAACUAAAAACAGGCAUUCCUGGAGAUAUUCAACAUUUAUACUUCAUGAAUAAAGAACUUCAUGAUGAUCACAAGCUUGAAGAUCUUAAAGUUAAGCAAGGCUGCAUCAUUCGAGUCAAACUCGAAUCAACUUGGUCUAACCUCUUUGAAGCUUGCUGGAGAGGAGAUAUAUAUGAAGUCUUCCAAAAUGGGGUUCAAUUUUUGGAUGAAAAUGAGUUCCAAGGUUACAAUAUAGCUUUGUGGAACAGACUUGUCAUACAAAGAGCGACAAAGGCGUUAUUCAUCGCAUCUCAUAGAGGUUUUUUAGGGUUGAUUAUGGAGCUUUUAAAUCGCGGUGCUGCUGAUAUUAAUGGGAAAACGAGGUUCGGAAGGACGAGUCUACAUGUUGCUGCAUAUCAAGGCUUUGUGGGAUGCGUAUCUUUACUUCUUUCGGAAGGAGCUUUGUGCAACCAGAUCGAUUAUAAUGGCAAGACUGCUCUGGCACUUGCCAGCGAGAAUGGUCACAUAUAUUGUGAAAGACGUCUUUGGUUGUAUCAGAUGAACUUGAAAAGGUACGCUGUUUCUGGGAAAAGAAGAUCGAGUGAUGAUAACAAGACAAAGCAAGAAACGAUAGAUGAAUUCAAUACCAGAAUGAGCACGAGCAGUUCUGGCAAAGGAUUGCACCUGAAUGGGAACAAAGCGAGACUAGCACAGGGUGAAGAAAGACAAGAACACAAGAAAUUCGAACUCCAUUUACCUCGUGUCCAGACCUCUGACGGCCAAAGCAACACGAGCUCAACCCCAGGCUCCGAUGCGCAAGAACAUUCAACUCGUGCUCAGUUUCCUCUCGUGCAAAUCGCAGAAAAAUACCGCAGAGAGUAUAGGGAGUUAAAGGAAUCACAUUUUCCUAAUAUGGGCAAGAAAGAGAGUCCAGGGACCCAAAGGCCUCAAACGGCACCAAAUCCUCACGGUCAGAAAGGUGCGAGAUUAGAGACUAAGUCCAAGAAUGCACUUGAUCAAGUAGAGGAAGCUAAUGCGAUAGGUUUGAAACAAGACGAGAAAGCUGAGAAAAUGGACACCAAAGAGUCUAAAGAAAAUGUACCAGCGAGCAAGACUUGUUCUAAUGAUGAAACCAGUUCGUCAGAACAAGGAAGACAAGAAGAAAACAAGAAAGAAAGGCCACAAUCUAGCAGAAUUUCUAACAAGCGCCAUCUUGAUGUCGUUAUUUCAAGUUCUCGGUUAAGAUCAAAAAGCGAAGAAGCUCGAUCUGUGAACCCAGAAGUCAAUUCGCCCCAAGAUUCGCCGAGUCCUUCAGACGAGCCCGCGAUUGACCAUGAUUAUAUGGAUGUCACAGCGCAUGCUUACAGGCCGCGAAAACAAGCUCCGACGUUUGAUUCAUGGCUCGAAAAGAAACGAAAUCAAGGACAACUACGGCCCGCCACAGCUCACGUCACGGAAAAGAGCAAAAUGGGCAAAAGUAUUGAGCCCGAAGCUUUUAAAAACUGGCUGAAUAAAAAGCGUUAUCAUCACUAUAGAAGUAAUUCAGAAUCUAGCAAUAGCGGCCCUAAAAAGACUUAUAUUAGUUCAGGUUUGACGUUUGAUAAGUGGCUUGAGGAGAAGAGAAAAAUGGCGGGAAAAGAGAAAGAUUGUCACGUGGUUGAAUCAUGUAGUGAAAGUAACAAAAAAGCGCGUGUAAUUUUGGCGGGAAAGUCAUACGAAGAGUGGCUCAAUGAAAAACUCGCGCAGACGCAGAGUAAAGAGAACGAAAAUGAAGAGGGGAAUAAUAAUGUUCAAAAGAGCGGGAAAACAUACGAGAUGUGGCUUCUGGAGAAGAAAAAGCAGAAGCAGAUUGAGAUGAUACACAAAGCUACAACUGAAAAGGAAAAACAACGACGACUUGAGUUUGAACAGUACCAGAAACUCUUGAAUCCUAAUUGCCGGACAUUCGACGAAUGGUUAGCGAUAAAACAACAAGAACACUUGUUGGAACGAGUGCGCGCCGAAAAUGAGCCGAAGGAAGACGAAAUUACGAGCGAAGACAAGAAAAAAGAUGCCCAUACUGUCUUUGAUAUUUGGCUGACGAUGAAGUUUGUGCAAGAAAUGAAAGUAGAGGAAGAAAAUUACAGGGAAAUGAAAGAGAAAUGGGAGAGAAGAGAAAAGCAACGGGAAGCUUUGAGGAGAGCGAUUCAUAUGAGUAAACUGAUGAAACAACAAAAUGGGAAUCAAAAUCACCAAAAUUACAAAACGCCUAACGAGAGAAGAGAUGUUGUAAAUGAUGAAGAUGAUGAAAUUAUGGAAUGCAUAGAAGCUUGACGAUUUAAUAGUAUGACUACUAUGAUUCCAGCAAAUGAUUUUAAAGUCACCUAGUGAAGUAAAAUUUCUAGUCGAAAAUAAUGAUAAAAAUUUUUAAAUGGGUGAAAUAUUUGCUUGAGUUAACAGAAAUGCACUUCUUUACCUUCGCAUACAAAUUGCCCAUUUUCAGACUACGUGUCAUUUCCCUGAGAAUCGUUCUUUUCAUGACGAACAUGUUAAAAUAUUUACACAUGAAAGAAUCAACUCAGUCCCAAGAGUGGCAUCACAUGGUCUGAAAUGUGAACAAGAAACAACGAAGGUAAAGAGGUCUAUUAGAAAAUCGCAAUGCCUCUUCAUUCGGAGUAUUUUGGUAACACUAGGAAACUAAAAGAAAGUUGAACUCAUCAAUCAGACACGAAUUUCGGACUACUAAGUAAGGGGCCUGGCUACAAAUGCUAGCAGUAACCAUGGUAACCCUAUCAUGACACACCAAGCACCUGUCACACUUGACCUGUCACAACUGACAAGUCAGCGAAAUACUCACUUAUUCGUACCUUCAGGGGAAGGGUGAGAGGGAAAAAAAUACAAAUGCAAAGCGUGAA